ACAGAGGAUGGAUAUAAUUUGGGAAAUACUGAUCAUUCUUCAAGCGAAUUUUAUUGUCUGCAUAUCAGCACAGCCAAAUCCGCCAAAAAUUCACGAGGGAUGGUGGGCAUACAAGGAGGUGGUGCAGGGGAGCUUUGUUCCAGUGCCUUCGUUCUGGGGGCUGGUAAACUCGGCCUGGAACCUGUGCUCAGUUGGGAAGAGGCAGUCCCCAGUCAACAUCGAGACCAGCCACAUGAUCUUUGACCCCUUCCUCACACCAAUAAAGCUAAACACAGGCGGGCGCAAGGUAGGAGGAACGAUGUACAACACCGGCCGCCAUGUAUCUCUGCGACUGGAUAAGGAACAUCUGGUUAACAUCUCUGGAGGGCCAAUGACAUACAGCCAUCGUCUCGAGGAGAUCAGGCUACAUUUUGGCAGUGAGGACGGCCAGGGCUCCGAACACCUGCUAAAUGGACAGGCCUUCUCUGGAGAGGUUCAGCUGAUCCACUACAAUCAUGAGCUGUACACAAAUUAUACAGAAGCUGCUAAAAGCCCCAAUGGACUGGUCAUAGUGUCUAUAUUCAUGAAGAUUGCUGAGACAUCAAACUCAUUCCUGAAUCGCAUGCUGAACAGAGACACCAUCACAAGAAUAACGUAUAAAAAUGAUGCAUAUCUACUGACUGGCUUGAACAUAGAGGAGAUUUACCCGGAGACAAAUAGUUUUAUCACGUAUGAUGGAUCGAUGACCAUCCCUCCAUGCUUUGAGACAGCCACAUGGAUCCUGAUGAACAAGCCGGUGUACCUCACGCGCAUGCAGAUGCACUCCUUGCGGCUACUGAGCCAGAACCAGCCAUCUCAGAUCUUCCUGAGCAUGAGUGACAACGUUCGUCCUGUCCAGCCACUGAACAACCGCUGCAUCCGCACCAAUAUCAACUUCAGCAUGCAGGGCAAGGACUGCCCCAACAACAGGGCUCAGAAGCUCCAGUAUCGAGUGAACGAGUGGUUGCUAAAGUAGCCUCCCUUGGAUGAGCGUGGAGAAGAGUGUCAAGAAUGAAGAACGGGAUAAGGCGAAGGGGAGGAGGAGGAGGAGGACAGGAUGGAGAAGGGAAAGAUGUGAAAACUGGCAUUAAAGGGUGCAUCCCAUCUAAGAUUCUUUCAUGGCAUUGUAUAAAGACAAACAACACCGGACAUUAUUCGAAUGAAGGAACUUUGCGAUGCGAGCAAAGACACUCUUCUUUUCAUACAUUGAGAACCAUUCGAACCCUUGAUAUAACACACGCUAACAAGCCCUUUCCCCCACUGUACAACUAUAUCUUAACAUUUUGAUACCAACACUUUUUUUGGGAGAAAACAAAAAAAAAUAGACACUUGGCAACAAACUUUAAAAAAACAAUGUGGAAGCAUUCAUUUGAGAGCUUCCCAAACAAAAGGACAACGUUCGGACUUUAAAGCCUUUGUACAUAAAAGAUGUUGCUAUCAGUGGGAAAAAUCCAAGGACUAAGUCACUGCCCCCAUCCUGCCAGUCAAGACGAAGCAGUCAACGAGCCUCACAUGGACGUUCCAUUACCGUCACCAACAGGGCAUGCAAUCAGCGAAACCUACAGAGAGGGAACACAGCCUUACCUUGUAAUUUUUUUCAAAACUCGAGUCAUGUCAUGGGAGACAAGCAGAUACUUAGAGGCUUUCUUACAGACAGCGUCUCGGCCUCGUUUGUACAUAUUAUAAUUAUCAAUACUGCAGAAAGAUGAAUAUGUAAAAAAAAAAAAAAAAAAAAUUUAAAAAUAAUUACAUUCAAAAGAUAUAUUAAGAGGAUUUUAAAAAAAAGGACAAAAAGUUAAGAAUUUUAAAAGCUUGGCGCACUUUGAAUUUCAGAGCAGUUCUCAGUCUGA